AUGAGGUCCCGAAUCACAACCUUCCUAGCGCCGCUGGUCGGCCUGCUUUCUGCGGUCAAAGCAAUCCAACUAGAUCUCAACAGUCAAGACUCGAUAAAGUCGGCGACGUCGACCAUCGCCUAUGACAUGAUGACCUAUUAUUCUGGCAAUCAGUCCGGGCAAACACCAGGACUACUACCCGGUCCAUGUGAUUCAACCGCAUGUUACUACUGGUGGGAGGCCGGAGCCAUGUUUGGCUCUCUCGUCAAUUAUUGGCAAUACACGGGAGAUGAUAGCUACAAUCCUGUGGUGUCGCAAGCUCUGGCAUUCCAGAUUGGCCCCGACCAGAAUUACAACCCUCCGAACCAGAGUAAGAACAUGGGUGUCGAUGAUCAAGCGUUCUGGGCCUUUUCCGCUAUGGACGCGGCCGAGGCCAACUUUCCCGAGCCGGGCGGUGACACUCCUUCAUGGCUCGCAAUCGCGCAGGCAGUCUUCAACUUCCAAGCCGAUCUGUGGGAUACAGCGACUUGUGGAGGUGGGAUGCGAUGGCAGGUCUUUUCGUUCAACGCCGGCUACAACUUGAAGAAUACCAUUUCCAAUGGUGGGAAUUUCCAGCUGGCUGCUCGGUUGGCCAGAUACACUGGGAAUCAAACCUACGCCGAUUGGGCUGAGCAGAUGUGGGACUGGAUGGCGGGCAGCCCGUUGUUCCAGUAUCAGGGGGACACCCUCUACAUCUGGGACAACACGAAUGUCGACAACAACUGCUCCGAUGUGGCUCACUUUGCUUGGACGUAUAACUAUGGCACCAUGUUGGUGGGCGCCGCGUACAUGUACAACUUCACCAAUGGAUCUGAGCCAUGGGGCACCCGAAUCAACCAGAUCUUGAAUGGAGCAUUCGGACUGUUCUUCCCCGCCGAUUACGGCGGCAACAUCAUGACCGAGUUCCAGUGCGAACCGGCUUCCAACUGCAACAACGAUCAGAGCAGUUUCAAAGCGUAUUUGUCCCGUUGGAUGGCGGUGACCGCUUUACUGGUGCCGUACACAGCCGAUCAGAUCAUGCCCAAACUACAAGCCAGCGCGGCUGGCGCAGCCCAGCAGUGUACGGGAGGUGAUAACGGGCGCAUGUGUGGCCGAAGAUGGUACUCCAACUGGGAUGGAACAAGUGGUGUGGGCCAACAGAUGCAAGCACUCAGCGUCAUCGGCGCAACUCAAAUCAAUUCCGGAAUCGCUCCCAAGUCUGUCGACACUGGCGGUGUAUCAAAAAGUGAUCCUGGUGCUGGAACAGAUGUCAACACGUCACCUGUUGUUACGCAUUCUCCUAUCACCACCAAAGACAAGGCUGGUGCGGGUGUUCUCACGGUGCUGGCCAUUUGCUUCGUGGUUGGAGGAAGCAUCUGGAUCAUCAUGUGA